UGCCUCUGGGCUGUUCUCAAGAAGGCGACAGGGUUUUUCCUCUCCUCUGCUGUUAUUCCCAUGCAACUGGCAUUUGGAGGGAUCCUGCCCCCAACCCAGAGCAGGAGGACUGUGGGGGAGAGAAAAUGAAAUGGAAGCAGGUGGGAUCUCUGCAGACCUCAAGCGCAAAGAGGUGGGAGCUCCCCCAGGGGUUCCAGAUGACUCAGAUGGACAAUGGGAAAGGAAAAUGGCUGUGACUGAAAAGCAGAAGGAUGUAUCCAUCGCCAGUGAAGGGGAUGGCCAGGUCAUCCCGGCCGAGCAACAAAUAGCAAAGGAGAAGAGAGAGAAUGAAUGCCAUACCUGCGGGAAAAGUUUUUGUUCCAAAUCCCGGCUCAAAGUGCACCAGAGGAUCCACACAGAGAGACGGCCCUAUCAAUGCCGCGAGUGUGGCAAGGGCUUCAGGCAGAGCGGGCACCUUUCCCAGCAUCAAAGGAUGCACACUGGAGAGAGGCGCUACAAAUGCCUGGAGUGUGGGAAAAGUUUCAGCCAGAGCACCUAUUUUAUCUUGCACAAGAUCACUCACACCGGGGAGAAACCUUUCACCUGUCUGGAGUGUGGCAAGAGCUUCAGUCACAGCCGGAAGCUGACUAUACACCGCGCGAUCCACACGGGUGAGAGGCCAUACAAAUGCCAGGAGUGCGGGCAGAGCUUCAGCCAAAGCACCCACCUCACUUCCCAUCAGAGGAUCCACACGGGAGAGAAGCCAUAUCAGUGCACCGAGUGCGGGAAAUGCUUCAAUCAGAGCACCCACUUGACUUUGCAUCGGCGGAUCCACACGGGAGAAAAACCCUAUCGGUGUCUCGAAUGUGGGAAGUGUUUCAGCCAGAGCCCACACUUGACUUUACACCAGAGAAUCCACACCGAGGAGAGAAUAUACAAAUGCUCCGAGUGCGGAAAGGGCUUCCAUCGGAGUGAUCACCUGAUCUCACAUCAGAGGAGUCACACGGGGGAGAGGCCGUAUCACUGCUCCGAGUGCGGGAAGAGUUUCAGCCGAAGUUCGAUCCUGCGUAAACAUCAGAGAACCCACAAAGAUGGGGAAACAUCCAUCUGAAUUUUUCUAAAUGCCGAACUUGAUGGGCAGAAUGUCCUUUGAGGGUUCUGGUCUUUUAGGGUUUCAAAGAUCAUGUAGAAGAAGCAAGAAUGCUUUAGUUGGAGGGGUUUGAAAUAUGGAAUAUGUCUCUAAGCCUAGAGUUGGGAUCUUUUGUCCAACUAUGAGCCCGUCAGCCCCUUGAGGGAGACCAGACUAGGAAACCAAA